AUGCUCGCCUUCGCAGUCACAGGAGGGGGAGGAGGAGGGGGAGGAGGAGCUGCGGGGAGGUGGCUGGGCAUGCACAGGGGAUGCUUGGCAGGAGGAUCUCUCGCGUUUGCCGCAGGGGGGAUGAACAGGAUGCUGAGAGUUGGAGAAAUGAAGCAGGGGGGAGCGAGACUGGAGCCCAUGGGACUUUCUCGGAGACAAUCAGAUUUGAUGAGAUCUAAAACGGUCCAGAGAGAGGACGAGGACCACAAUCCCUUCAUGAGCUCUGUCUUCGAUCGGGUGGACGCGAGAGAGGGAGAGACAGUUGGAAUCUCCUACAAGAACGACUUACUCAAGCUCCUCCGUGCUCUACUCGGCUACUUCUCCUCCUCCAUUCUCGCUGCCUGGCUAGUCGUCCGGUGCUACUUGACCGCACUGCCAGAGAAAGUCUCGCCGGGAGCAGCAGGAAGGCUCAUGGCUGCAGUGUCGAGCUCAACCAGGCUGAUGAGAACGAGGGGAAGGGAGUAUUACAUCAAGUUUGCCAUGGCAGCGGUGAAAGCCUUGAGGAGCUUCGGUGUGAAUGUCGAUGUGGAUGUGGAGAUAGCGAAGAAGCUGCGGGAGGAAGAAAGCCGAACCCAGACGCUGAUGCUACAAAGGGCAAAGGAGGAGGAGGAGCGACGAAGGAAGGAGGAGCAGCAGAGGAGGAUCGAAGAGGCGAGGAGGAGGGCAAAAGAGAACUGGGACCUGGCGGUCAGCGUCGUCAAGUUCGUUGGAAAGAAGACGUGGCAAGGCUCUGUUGUUGCUGGGAGCGCGAUCGUGGAGGGAGGGAAAAGUGCAGCAGAGCAGGCGCAGAAGAUAGCUCCUGGCCUGCUGGCAGUGGGUGCCGUAGCAGCCUCUGCUGACCUGACGGACAUCGCCCUGGCAAGUGCAGCUGGACUUGUGGUGACUAGUGCAGUGGUUGACCUCGCAGUCGCGGAGAGGAAGCGAGAGGUGGAGGCGAGGAAGAAGCUGCUGGAGACGAAGUCACAAGAUGGGAGAGAGGAGAAGGAGGAAGGAGGAGCCCCGAGUGGGGAGACGGAGGAGGCCGGCCAGGAAUCGGGGCAGAUAAAGCUGACCUUUGACAUGAAGUCGGAGGAUGAGAUGCGGCAACUCUACAACCUCAUCCUCAACAUGCAAGGAGGGAAAGACUUCCCUCUCGCUCUGGCCCUCGCCCAAAUCUCCGCCAUCCCGAGGAUCGAGAACUCGCUGGUGGACCGCGUGCAGAAGGAAAAUUGCAAGCGAGGAGAGCUUAUCGAACUCGAUCGAUGGAUAAAGUACAUGUGGAGAGACAACCCCAAACAGAUCUUGUUUGAGAAGAUCCGAUCACCAGGGCAUGAUAGCAACAUGUUUGACAGCUCUCUCAGCGCUCAGACAAGACUGCAUGAGUCGGAUGGCGGGGAAGGUCGAUUUUCGGAUCAGCUCGAAAAGAACAAUUCUUCCAUAUCUUCAAGAAGCUUCAACCUGCUUGAUUCCAGCCUGCACACAGAGGUCAACGAGUCCAGCACACAGACCGACGUGGUGGCUGAGGAGAUUGAGAAAGAGAUCCCAAGGAAGUGGACAGGACACCGAAGAUACAACUGA